AUGGGGAAACAUAGAAAUAAGAAUUAAAGCAAGUAUGAAAAUGCUCCUUAGAAAAAGGUGAAGACAAAUCAUUGGGAUUAAGAUAAUUAAUAAAUUUGUGUUGUUUAAUUUGAGAAUCCUAUCUUUCGUCGUUUCUAUGAGAUUCAAUUACCAGAAAUAGGUGCUGAAGAAUUUAAGGUCUUUUGGUAAUCUUUAUCACUUCCAUUGCCUGUAACUUUCAGAAUAAACCCAUCUUAAUACAAAUAUGAGAGUUUGAUUGAAAGAUUGCAAGAUGGAUCAUUGAUAAAAGACAUGGUCAAUGAAGAAGAAAUAGUAGAGCCAAUCAGGGAAAUCAAAUGGUAUCCAAAUCAUUUGGUAUGGGAAUCAAAAGUGCCUAAGAAAAGUCUGAGAAAAUCAGCAGCCCUUACUAAAUUACAUCAAUUCAUAUAAAAAUGCAAUUCAACUGGGUUAUUGACAAGAUAAGAACUUGUUUCAAUGCUUCCUCCUUUGCUAUUGGAUCCUCAACCAACAGAUUUUGUUUUGGAUAUGUGUGCAGCGCCAGGAUCAAAGACUUGUCAAUUGCUAGAAAUUGUUACCAAAGGAUUGAUUGUUGCAAAUGAUGUUGAUCCAAAAAGAGCCUAUAUGUUAUCACAUCAACUAUCUCGUAUGCCAACUGCAUAAGUCAUGAUCACUAAUUAUGCAGCUUAGUUCUACCCUACCUUAUAUAUAAAUGGAUAGAGACUUCAAUUUGAUAAAGUGUUAUGUGAUGUUCCAUGUACUGGAGACGGAGCAGCUCGUAAAUUACCAACUAGAUGGGUUAAAUGGUCUGCCAGAGAUGGUAAUGUCAUUCAUCCCUUGCAAUUGAGUAUUUUGAUGAGAGCACUUCAAUUAUGCAAAAUUGGAGGAUAUGUUAUGUAUAGCACAUGCUCACUUAAUCCUAUUGAGAAUGAGGCUGUUGUGGCCGAGGUAUUCAGAAGGGCUGGCUUUGAAGCUUUUGAAUUAGUUGAUUUACAUACAUUAGAAGGAUUCAAAACCAGAAAGGGAGUUAAGGAUUGGAAGGUUAUUAUAACAGAUGACUUUCUAACUUAAAAAUAUCUUCAAAGAGAAUCAAAUGCAGACUAGGAUGAAAAGGCUUUCCUUGAAACUGUCACUGUAGAGGAUUUAGUCUAUGAAGUUAAUAAUGUUAAUCAAAAAUUGAAUAUCAAGAAACUUUUUUCUAAGUUUUCGAGAAAAUAGGAAGGAUAGAUGAUUAAUGCAUUCAAAACUUUAAAACCUUCUUUAUGGCCAGACACUGAAGAAUUUAUGAAUAAAAUUUAAAUAGAAAAGUCUGUGAGAGUUCUGCCUCAUGAUUAGGAUACAGGAGGUUUCUAUUUGGCAUUAUUUAAGAAAAAGUAAGCAGUGAUUUGGAAGAAACCAUCAUAUUAAGAAUCAAUUAUAUCUUAAUAAUAACCAAUAAUAGAAUAAGAAUAGUAAUAAUAAUAAUAAUAAUAAUAAUAAUAAUAAUAAUAAUAAAUUGAAGUUGAAUAAAUUAUUGAUAAACCAUAAAAUUAAUAAUUAUCCACUGAAUAAGUUUAAUAACAAGUCUAAUAAGAAUUAUAACAUAAAGAAAUAAUAUAAUCAGCAGAAGAUGUUGAAUAAGAAUAAUUUAUUUAAGAUAUUGAUAUCAAUUAAGAUCAUCUUAAAGAUAUCUUAAAAUAAAGUAACGAAUAGGAUGAUAAAUAAUAAAAUGAUAAAAAUAAAACAUAAUUACUUGAACCCUAUACACCAAUUAAUGACUAUGAUUGGAAAGUCAUCUGCGAUUAUUAUGGAAUCAGUGAUUUCCCUUAAGGAUAAGUUCUAGGUACUGGAUAAUCUCUUGAUCUCAUCAUGUAAGUCAAUAAGAAAUUCAGAUAUGUUAGCGAGGACGUUAAAAAUAUACUUUUUGAUCCAAAAAAUUAAAAUCUUAAACUAAUUAAUAUUGGCUAGAAACUAUUUGAAAGAGGCAAAGAAAGUUUUGGUGGAUAGGUUACACCAUUUAAAAUUACUCAAGAAGGGCUUUCAUAUAUUUUUAAAUUUUUGACUAAGAGAGUCGUUGAAUGCAGCAAAGAUUAAUUUAUGGAAAUUUUAUAAAAGCGAAACAUAAGGAUGGGAGAUUUUGCUCAUGAAGAGUUAAAGCAAUAAUUUGAGCAAUUGAUUUAGGGAUGUUUUGUCCUUUUCUACAAGGAAACUCCAGAAAUUAGCGAAGCCAUCGUAUGUUAAUAUUACAAACAAAGUGUUAAUUUGAUGUGUAGCACAGAGAAUAUAGAAAACAUUCUUAUUAGACAUAGAUUAAUGUGA